AUGAGUGGGCAGGCUGCUAGCUAUUACAAUAACGAGGGCUUUGCCCAUCCGCAGCCUCAACCACAACAAUCUGCGUACGGGUACAACAACGGACAGGCCAAUUACCAGCCGGAUUAUCAAGCGCAACCUCAAUACCAGCAAAACUUCCAGCAACAGCAGCCUCAGCCAAACUAUCAGCCGCCUGUGGAGGCUAAGCCACCCCCAGAAUACCAGCAAAAUGUCCCGCAGUCCGGAUAUAACUUCGAUCAGGCGUUCAAGAUCGAAAAGCCGAAGUGGAAUGAUCUGUGGGCAGGUCUCUUGUUGAUCGCGGUUUUCCUUGGAUACGCUGCUGUCUCCGGAAUCACCAUCCACAAGUACGCGACAAACAAGGGUUUCAGUGGAGGUGGCAUCUACGAUUCGGCCAAUGAUUUCUCCCUGAACACCAACACUCUUGUGCUAUUCAUUUUCGUGCUCGUGGUCGCUCUCGUGUUAUCCUGGCUUUACUUCAUGGGCGCGAGAUACUUCACCAAAACUUUUAUCUGGGCAACCGGUAUCCUCAACAUCGUCUUCGCCCUCGCGACGGGUAUCUACUACAUCGCGCGCAAGCAAUAUGGAGGCGGAAUUGUGUUCCUUCUGUUCGGAGUCUUCGCCAUCAUCUGUUUCAUCAGUUGGAUCCCUCGUAUCCCUUUUACCGCAUUCAUGCUGCAGACCGCGAUGGACGUUGCGCGAGGUUACGGUCACAUCUUCCUAGUCAGCGCCCUAGGCGGAAUCGUCACCGUCGCUUUCGCUGCCUGGUUCUCUGUCACGCUGGUCUCGGUUUAUGUCGCCUACGAGCCUAGCUCGACCGGAACAAACCCAUCCUGCGCAGAUGGCGGCUGUAGCAGAGCCAAGGUCAUUGGUCUGGUUGUGUAUGUGACCUUUGCCAUGUACUGGGUCAGCGAGUGGAUCAAGAACACGAUCCACACUACUAUCGCCGGUGUGUAUGGCUCGUGGUACUUCUGGAGCAAGUCAGCUGGUGGUAUGCCUAAGGGCUCGACCCGCGGUGCAUUCCGACGCGCAACUACCUACUCCUUUGGAAGUAUCAGCUUGGGAAGUCUGAUCAUCGCGUUCAUCCAGAUGAUGCGUCAGGCUUGCUCAAUUGCCCAGCGACAUGAAGCUGCGCAGGGUAAUCUGAUCGGUAGCAUCGCCAUGUGGGUCCUCGGAUGCUUCAUCUCGCUGCUCGACUGGCUGGUUACACUUUUCAACCGCUACGCUUUCUGUCACAUUGCGCUCUACGGAAAAGCGUAUAUUCCCGCGGCCAAGGAUACCUGGAAGAUGAUGCGAGACCGAGGUAUCGAUGCGCUUGUUCAGGACUGCCUCAUGGGCCCGGUUCUCACUAUGGGCUCGACCUUUGUCGCCUACGUGUGUGCACUGCUCUCCUACUUGUACCUGCAAUUUACCAAGCCCGAAUACAACAAGGACGGCAAUUUCACCGCUGUCAUCAUGGCGUUCGCAUUCUUGAUUGGCUUGCAGGUCUGCCAGGUCUUCAUGACCCCUAUUGGCAGUGGUGUUGAAACUAUCUUCGUGGCCAUGGGUUGGGAUCCCCAGGUCAUGAUCAAUGACCACCCAGAUAUCUACUACAAGCUUGUAGAGCUGUACCCACAAGUGCAGCAGGCUGUCCACGCGUGA